AUGCAGGACCCAACUGUCCUGAGCCCCGUCGAUCAGUUUAACAGUUUCCAGGACUCCCAUGCGGACGAUCAGGAUUUCAUUACAUACGGGGUGACUGGACUAAUGGCGCCGCCUUCACCGCCCACUGGGAAGUAUGGUCCGAUCCUCGUCGUCUACCUGACAUACAAUGGUCAGAAUCCCUUGAAGAGCUUCGCGCAGGUUCAGGGUUUGUUUUGGGACGUUCCCGGUCUGAACCAUUCCAUGUACCAUAAUUCGUGGCACCAGACUUGGUUGGAAUCUUCCGAUGUUGAUUUCUUUGAAAUGGAAUCGACAGAAGACCCAGCGACUUGGAACUACGAUCUCAGGUACCUCAUCCCUGGUGUGUUGAAUCAGGCGGGAUUUCAGGCUAAGGCCACAGCAAGGGAGUACAAGCAUACGAUGGUUGUUGCACCCGGGAGCAGCUUCGCGGCUGCAUCUUCUCACCCGGCCCCUGGUUAUUAUUGGGAUCGAUGGUCCCAUUAUUUUGGCGAGGCCAUCACUUGGCAGACGUUCUUCCACGAAUUGGGGCACAAUUUUGGGCUCAGUCAUGCAGGGGGCUACCGGAGCGAUGGUGUGUUCAACGAGUAUUUGGAUGAUGCGAUCAUGGGAUAUCAACGCGCAUCUCGGUACUCAGACUGCAAUGCGGUUACGCGCUACAGGCUCGGUUGGAUCACACAGGCCGACGUAGCGGACUUCGUUCGAGGGUCUGACCACUUGACAGUCCAACUCUCUGCCCUCAACGAGGGACCGGAGGGCCCAGACUUUCUGAUGGUGAAAAUCCCAUGCGAUGAAUGUGUGGGGAGCACAGCAGCUGUCGCAGGCGCAUCUGCCCUUUACCUGUCCUUCCGUGUGGCCGACACCCCAAACAUAUACGGUGUCGAGGAGGCAGAAACGUCGUGGAUCGGCCUCCACGACUACCACACCAGAAGUCUUCUGACGCUGAUCGACCGCGUUCAUGUGCACUAUCAGGCUGACGCCAGCCAGGAUAGCGAAUUGUGGACCACAUUGGCGGAGGGCGAAACCCUCGAAGUCAGCAAGACAAUGUGGAUUCACGUUUGCAGCAUCAAAGCGGUCUACGCCAGGAUCAGUGUCUCGGACACAAGCGACGUCUUGGCGGAGGCAGGCUGCUGGACGGCACCGGCAACAGCACCGACGCCAGCGCCGACUAGUUCUGCCAGCUUGACCCCAACAGAGGGCACAUCCGACUUGGCGGGCUGUGAGACUGUUAAUGUGCCAGAGAGCGAUCGAUCGUACAGUUCUGUCUUUGCCGGUGACGCGCCAGGGACUGGCCAUGGUCAGUCUAUGCUCGACUCGGUGCAAGCUUGGAGCGCUCACCCUCCACUGAUCGACCCAUGGUUGGUGAUGGACCUGGGAGGUGUAUCGACGGUCUCAGGCGUCGUAACGCAAGGUAGAAACUCUGUGCCGCAGUGGGUGACCAGUUACACAGUGGAUAUUUCGAUAGACGGCGUGUCCUGGGAAGGCGUGGACGGGACUUUCAGAGGAAAUAGUGAUAGCGACACUAGGGUGGAGAGUGUGUUUUCAAGCGGAAAGAAGGCGCGCUAUGUCCGCAUCAAGCCCCAGGGAUGGUCGGGCUGGUUGUCGAUGAGAGCUGACGUCUUGAUUUGUGCUCCAGCAUCGACGCCAUCGCCGACGCUAGCAUCGACGCUGACACCAGCACCGUCGCUGUCACCGAUGGCAGCACCAACGUCAGCACCGACGCAAGAACCAGAACCGUUACCACAAGUGUCGCCAGCACCGACGGCGGCACCAACACAAGCACCGACACCAGGGCCGACACCAGAACCGUCGCCAGCGCCGACGUCAGCACCGACGCCAGCUCCGACGCCAGCACCGUCUGGAGCACCCACGCCGUUACCGACCCCGCUUCCCACGCCAGCGCCGACGCCAUCACCGACGCCAGAGCCGACGGCAUCACCAACACAAGUACCGACGACGGCACCGACGCCAGCGCCGUCGGCAGCACCGUCGGCAGCACCGACGCCGGCACCGACGCCAGCGCCGACGACACCAGCACCGACGGCAGCACCAACGUCAGCACCGACGCAAGAACCAGAGCCGUUGCCACAAGUGUCGCCAGCGCCGACGGCGGCACCAACACAAGCACCGACACCAGGGCCGACACCAGAACCGUCGCCAGCGCCGACGUCAGCACCGACGCCAGCUCCGACGCCAGCACCGUCUGGAGCACCCACGCCGUUACCGACCCCGCUUCCCACGCCAGCGCCGACGCCAUCACCGACGCCAGAGCCGACGGCAUCACCAACACAAGUACCGACGACGGCACCGACGCCAGCGCCGUCGGCAGCACCGUCGGCAGCACCGACGCCAGCACCGACGCCAGCGCCGACGACACCACACCGACGCCAGCACCAUCGGGAUCACCGACGACAGCUCCGUCGCCGUCACCAACGCCACUACCAACGGCAGCACCGACCUCAGCACCGACGCCAGAACCAGAAUCGUUACCGGAAGUGUCGCCAGCGCCAACGGCAGCACCAACGUCAGCACCGACACCAGGGCCGACACCAGAGCCGUCUCCCGCGCCGACGUCAGCACCGACGCCAGCGCCGACACCAGCACCGUCUGUAG